CAAAAAAAAACAAAUAUAUAAAUAGUAUUUAUUACAAAAACAAGAUAUGAUUUGGAAUAUUCAAUAAUUUAUCAUUUGACUAAUUCUCAUUUUCUGUAAUUAAUUAAACUCGUUCCCAAUUCUGAAUUUGGUUUUGAUAGAAAACUACAUUUGAAUAGGUCUCCAAACUUAAAAUAAGCACACGAGAAAACACAAAAAAAAAUUAUAAUACAUUUAUUUUUAGGUUUUCAGAACUAAUUUUUAAAAAAAUAUACGAAACAACUGAUAAAUCUGUAACUAUACAAGAGCUUUUUAAUAUUGGUCAAUUUUAAUUUCGUUGUACAUAACAAAAAAAAAGCCAAGAUCCAGAAUUUUGUUAUUGGUUAUAUAAUGUACUUAGUUAAUAAAUAGGUCAAAAAAUAGGUUAGUUAGGGGGAAAAUAUAUAAUGUAAUGUAAUAUGUUUCUUUAAGAACGAUGAUUUACCUCAUGCUAUAACAUUACUUAGGACUAACACAUGUACAUUCUUCGGUUUUCUAAGGUUACUGAUUAAGAAAAAACUUAUCGCAUCUUUGAAGAUAACGGACAACGAUAGUACAGACUUUUAUGUAUCUAAUUGAGUGGACUUAACUAUUGUCAAAUGAUUUGUGUGAAGAUCCGCCUUCUAUUAAAUAUGCAUUAAUGAUUCCUAAGUUACUCUUAUACAAACAAACUAAUGAGGAUAUACGUAUAUUUAGGAUUUCUUAAUACCUCUUGCUAUACCAUAUGUACGCAUAUGUUGAUCCUCUCUCUUUGUAUUAUGUAUAUAUAUAUGCGUGUGUGUAUAUAUAUAUAUAUGAGAGCUUGGUAGGGGUUGCUCAACCGUGACGUCUCAUUAUACAUAUUUCUUGUCCAUCUUCUGCUACUUUUGCAUGUCUUUUAUUCAUCUCUCGUAAACCCUAGUAAAUCAUACAAGGCCAAGAAGCUCUGUGAUCAAGUACGAAGCAAUGGAUAAAGAUUACUCGGUACGCACCGAACUUCUUAGGUGAAUCCUCAGGCGGUAACGACGAUAACAACUCCGGUAUGAUAGACUAUAUGUUCAACAGAAACCUUCAACAACAAAAGCAAUCGAUGCCGCAGCAGCAUCAACUGUCUCCUUCAGGCUUUGGAGCAACGACACCUACUUUUGAUAAAAUGAGCUUCGCAGACGUGAUGCAGUUUGCAGACUUUGGUCCGAAACUGGCGUUAAACCAGACCAGAAACCAAGACGAUCAAGAAACCGGGUUGGACCCGGUUUAUUUCUUGAAGUUUCCAGUCUUGAAUGAUAAGAUAGAGGACCAUAACCAAACCCAUAAUCUCAUGUCUCAAGAAGGAGGUGAGUGUGAAGGAAACAUAGGCAACGUGUUUCUUGAAGAAAAGGAGAAUCAAGAAGACGAAAACGAUAACAACUCGGUGCAACUCCGUUUUAUUGGAGGAGAAGAAGGAGACAGAGAGAACAAGAAUGAUACGACAAAGGAGGUGAAGAGCAAGAGGAAGAGAGCAAGAACAAGCAAGACCAGCGAAGAAGUAGAAAGCCAACGAAUGACUCAUAUCGCGGUCGAGAGGAACCGUAGAAAGCAAAUGAACGAGCAUCUUCGUGUCCUCAGGUCACUUAUGCCUGGAUCCUACGUUCAAAGGGGAGAUCAAGCGUCGAUCAUAGGUGGAGCAAUAGAGUUUGUGAGAGAGCUGGAGCAACUCCUACAAUGCCUGGAGUCACAAAAGCGUCGGAGAAUCCUCGGAGAAACCGGUAAUAGGCAAAUUGGGGACAUGACCACGACAAUGACUUCUUCUUCACCAAUAACUUCGGUUGCUAACCCACUAAUUAGUACCGGCAAUGUAACUGAACUAGAGGGUGGAGGAGGAGGGAUCCGGGAAGAAACAGCGGAGAACAAGUCGUGCUUGGCUGAUGUGGAGGUGAAGCUGCUAGGGUUUGACGCUAUGAUCAAGAUACUUUCAAGAAGAAGACCAGGACAACUGAUUAAGACUAUUGCUGCUUUGGAGGAUCUUCAUCUCUCUAUCCUUCACACUAACAUCACUACCAUGGAACAAACUGUCCUCUAUUCCUUCAAUGUCAAGAUUACAAGUGAGACGAGGUUUACUGCAGAAGACAUUGCAAGUUCCAUCCAAGAGAUAUUUAGUUUUAUUCAUGCAAAUACUACCAUGUAAUAAUUUUUAUAUUUCUCCUGUCGUUUCCGUUAAAGGUACUUUUCAUAAGCUUAUGUUGGUGUCUUAAAAACAGACGUCUAUGUUUGUUCCAUUUUAGAUUUUACAUGUCCUUUUGUUUUGUUUAUUUUUUUACCUUUUAGAUGCAAUAUUUUUUUUUCGUUUGCUAUGGUACAUCUAAUCAUCAA